AUGGACUACGACCCCGAAGGCGGCGCAAUCAAUGUGCGCUUCCUCCAGGCGGACAGCCAGCGCGCCCACUUCAUCGUGCAGAACUUCAACCUCGAGACGGCCAACUCGCUGCGGCGCGUCAUGCUCGCCGAGAUCCCCACGCUCGCCGUCGACGUGGUCGAGGUCAUGGACAACACAUCGGUCCUCGCCGACGAGUUCGUCUGCCACCGUCUGGGCCUCAUCCCGCUGAGCGCAAGGGGCGUCGACGACCUGCUGUACUCGCGCGACUGCGACUGCGAAGGCUACUGCGAUCAGUGCUCCGUCGUGCUCACCCUCAACGCGAAAUGCACAGGCAGCGAGAUCAUGAAGGUGUUUGCGCGGGACCUGGUUAUUGAGAGCAACAGACCAAACGACGAGGUGGGUCGGCCAGUCAUCACCGAUGCAGAGGGCACGGGCAGCUGUAUUGUGAAGCUGCGGAGGGGCCAGGCCAUACACAUGCGGUGCAUCGCGAAGAAGGGCAUCGCAAAGGAACACGCAAAGUGGGCGCCAAGUGCGGCGAUAGGCUUUGAAUAUGACCCAGCCAACAAGCUGCACCACCUGGACUACUGGCACGAGGAAGACGCGGAGAAGGAGUGGCCCAAAGACAACGACCGCAUCAACCUCGACGGCGGCCCCCCCAACCCCGACGAACCCUUCGACUACACCGCCGCCCCAACCCGCUUCUUCUACGACGUCGAAACAGUCGGCGGCCUCGACCCCGACCAGAUCGUCAUCGAGGGCAUCAAGACCCUGCAGACCAAGCUCGCCGGCAUCAUCAACGAGCUGUCGGGCGGCGCCCCAGACGGCGAUUUCGCAGGCGCUCAGUCCCCCACCCUGAAUGGCGCGGGCUUUGGCGGCCAGGAUGCUGGGUACACGACGCCUGGGUAUGGCGGGGCGAGUCAGUGGGGGGGUGCGGGCGCGGCGGGUGGGACUACGCCGUAUGGGGCUACGCCUUAUGGGCAGAGUUGGUAG